AUGGAGCUGAUCGAGCUGCGGGAGCUGCAGCCCGAGCCGCGGCCGGGCCGGGGCCGCCUGGAGCGAACCAACGCGCUGCGCAUCAGCCCGGCCCGCCGGCACGGCCCCGGAGCGAGGCCCGAGCCCAGGCCGGCGGCAGCACCGAGCACCGGGCAUCGCUUCGAGCCCCGGCGCCGCGGGCUCCACACUUGGUGCGACCUCUGCGGGGACUUCGUCUGGGGAGGCGGUAGGAAGAGCCUCCAGUGCCGCCACUGCAGCUUCACCUGCCACUACCGCUGCCGGGCCCUCGUGCGGCUGGACUGCAGCGGCCCCCCAGGCACUGGGGAUGAGGACGAUGGCAGCGAGCAGGAGCUGGAAAAGGACACGAAUGUGGUAUGGGACCACGGGGAUGGAGGGAGUGGGGUGGACACGGCGGGAGAGGGGAAAGCCCAGGCUGGGCCAUGCCAAGCCAAGGCGCACCAUGCCAUGCCAAGAGACGCCGUGCAAUGCCACGCUACAGCACACUGUGCCAUGCCACACUAUGUGCUGCUGUGCCACCCUGCGCCGUGCUGAGCUAUGCCGUGCCGAGCUAUGCCGUGCCGUGCCGUGCUAU